UGUGUUGGCACAAGGCCCGAACCGAUACCUUCACAUCCAUGCCCGGCGCUCGUCUAUUUCACAAUGGACGAAUCAGACUUGCAUGCUAUAGACGCUCAACUGCGAGCCAUCCGUGUCGAUGAUGGACCUCCCAGAAAGCCUCUACUGCUAGACAAGAUGUUCAUGCGGGCCGUCCAGUGGAGUGGCCCUUCAAAAAUGCCCCAAUUCCAUGAACCUCAUACGCCUCCACCUCCAAGCCCACCUAGACAGCCAAAAAUAUACCCCUUACCGAUGGGUAUUUCCGAGGAAUCUUAUAGUCCAUCACCCCUGUCAAUGCUCUUCAGAUAUGAGGAACUCGUACCACUAGUACUGGAAAACUUUCAUAAGCCUUCAGAUUGGGCAAAUCUAUGUAGGGUCUCCAAGGAAUGGUGUAGGAUUGGAAGAAAGAGGCUGUACGGACAUGUCUGGGUGAGACCUUGGGAGGAUGGACCGCAUGUCAAACUGGUUCGUUUGUUCGAGACUCUGCAUCGGCGGCCAGAGCUGUGCCGUCUCAUCCGUCGACUAGAUGUAAGGUUCUUCCCACUUGCUACUCGUGGCGAAGAGAGGUCAGACCUAGAUGAUCACGUCCAAUUGGCCAUGUCCAACAUGUGUAAUCUUGAGUCGCUGGUAUGGACGCGAGAUAAAUCUCUCAAUCCUACUCUGCUUGAGACCAUCUCUCGCUUACCACGCCUUCGAUCGUUUGAGAUAUCGGGUCAUUCUUAUAGAUAUUAUGAUCCAUCGCUCUUGGGCACAUUUUGCUCUUUAGAGGACUUGCGGAUUAUGAUGCCAGAUCCCCAUAUGAAGAGCAAGCUAGUAGAUUUAGUGACAGCUCUUGAUGAACGAGAGCAAGGAGGACUCAAGGGACUAGAUAUCAUUUGUCAAAGCUCUUCGUUGAUAGACGACACUAUACUCAAAGUAAUGGCUCCUCGACUCAGAAAUCUCCGACGUUUGACAUUCUGGGGAUGUACUCAUGUCACCAGGGAGGGUAUCUUCUCGCUGUUGGAUAGAAUUGGACCCGGCAUUCAAGAGCUAUCUCUAGAUGCACUCCCACAUUCCAAUCUGUUAGACCUGACGUCUUCACCACCGCUCCCACAGUUACACACUUUUUCCUUAUCGAUAACUAUACCCCAUCGGGAAUCUGCUUCUGCUGCUCAUGCUCUCUCGCCCUUCGAUCUUCCUGCUCUACCCCAUUGCCCUUCAUUGUCAGCUUUACACCUGACCAUUUCGGGGUCAAAACCAUUACUGCCAUUCGAGACUUGGAUUACAUUUCAGGGUCAGCUUCCCGGGAACCUCAGCAAGCUAUCACUUAUAAAUCUUGUGAUAACCUCACCAGAGACUUUGUCGGCUAUCCUAGAGUCGCUGCCUAACUUAGAAGAGCUCUACAUCACCGCCACACAUCCGUCCAUCAUGCUAUCAAUCCCUGCACUUUCCCCUUCUUCUCUCAGGAUCUUGCACGUCAAUUUCACAUUGCCUUCUGCCUCAGUCUCGAGCCGAGGAGCUGUUGCACAAUAUCUCCACAGUCUAGCAGAGAAGAUGGGGCAGAUCGAGCAAAUAGGCAGUGCAAAUAUGGUAUUUGAAGUGCACAGACGUAUGGAGGAUGACGGAGAGCGAGUUGUGGAACUGUGUCGAUGGUCACGUACCUUUGUACCGGGAUAUUUUCAAGUUUGGAGAGCGUGAAAUCUACAAAUAUACUCAAAGACCAUUAUGAUCCAUUGUAAUGCAUGUUAUGAUAUCUGAC